AAAACAAUGACAGCGCUAAAGGUGUAGCUUUUCGGCUACACUAGCUAGCUGAGCUACUUUUAGGUGGGGAGAGGUUUUGUGGAUGAAACACAAUUAUGUCAUUUUUCCAAUGUCAUCGCAAACCAAAAAGGUCCACAAGCCAAUGCCAGGUCGUCAAGAUGUUUUGCCCUCCCUCCCACAAAAGUCAAACUAUGAAGAGAGGUAAUGUGAUCCUUCUUUACCUGUGUUGAAGACAAAGAAACCUGUUGCUAAGGGGUUUCAAUAUCAUGAAAAACACAUCUCACGUAUCAAGAGCAAAGUACUUGCUGUUGGAUAGACUGAAGAUCAAGAACCAUCUGAUAAGAGCACAUGGUGGACCGGGCUGAUGACGUGUCCAGGAAACACAGGUCCACCAGUGUAUUACAUCGGAAACCAGACUGGUCGCAAUGCAGUCUAUCCAAUGGAGAAUGUAGCAGUAGUGACUCCACCAUGCACACUGCAACCUGCUGUCAUGCAGACAUCCUUACCUGGCCCAGCUUUAUGUUUCCCACCUGGUCUGGAUUGCCUGAGUCAGUUCAACCAGUUCCUAGUGCAUCAGAGGGUCCAGCUGGAUGAGAUUAUUAUUGGUUGGGAGAUGAACAAUGCUUACACAGUAACGACUACCCAAGGGCAGCAGGUGUUUGCGACGAUUGAGGAAAAUGACCUUUUCACCGCGCAGGCUUGCGGCCCCAAUCGGCCUUUCACCAUUCGCCUCCAUGACAAUUUGGGGCGAGAAAUUAUAACCUUGACGCGCCCGAUGAGGUGCACUAUGUGCUGCUUCCCCUUCUGCCUACAGGAGCUGGAGGUGCAGAGCCCUCAUGGACAUCCAAUAGGCUACGUGGAACAGAAUUGGCACCCUCUUUUGCCCAAAUUUACUAUCCUUAAUGAGACAAGAAUGCCUCAGCUGAAGAUCGUGGGGCCAUCCUGUGACUGUAACUGUAUGUCUGACACAACCUUCGAGGUAACCUCUUUGGACGAGUCUGCCGUCAUUGGACAAAUAAGUAAACAAUGGAGUGAUUUCAUACAAGAAAGUUUUACAGAUGCAGAUAACUUUGUGGUUUCAUUUCCAAUGGAAUUGGAUGUUAAGACAAAGGCUGUGAUACUUGGAGCCUGCUUCCUCAUAGAUUUCAUGUUUUAUGAGAAUAAACCCCGAAGGAAUUAA